AUGUUAAAAGGCUUAGAAACCUCCUUCUGCCAAGUUCAAGAUUUGAAGAGAGGCCUUAAAGUCAUUCCGUUCAUCAAGAGAACUAAAAUAGAUUCCUCUCAAAAGUGCGCACUUGAGGAGAAGUUCUUGGAGUCGCCGUACAUCUCAAAGGAAAACCUUGAACAACUAAGCUGUGACACUAACUUGUCAACUAAGGUCAUUCAGAACUGGUUUAAAAAUCGGCGUUAUUCCUGGAGAAAAUCGUUCGUAUCGUUGCACACACAGCAACCCAAAAACCAAGUGGCACAUUAUAGGCAUCAUGCCAUGCCUUCUCCUCCGCGUUCUUCUCAGUCUUUAGGCCAAGUUCCAUACUAUUACUACUUCAACUAUGGCCCUAGUGUUCUUAGAAACCGCUGCUUGGAUUCCAACUCUUACAGGUUUUACAGGUUUGRUAGCUGCUCUGAUUGUAAUGAUCGCCUUGUGAUUGCCGGACGCAACGCGGGUAACUUUGAACCAACACGUUAUGAUGAUAAAUACUAACAUAUACACUUUAUGUGCUGCCAUUUUUACUGUUUCUCUCUCCAAUAGACCUUUGAACCAUUACGUCACUACUUGAUUUUCAAUGCAUUGUGGGAUCAUUUUCCGCAGAAAACAAAUUCUUACAACUGUAGCACAAUUGCCAGCUUUCUUGUCCGAGCAGGAAACUGGRURCAAGUUUUWAAAUUGCACAAAUCGGUGUGUGACCUACAUUAUCUGAAAGAGCAAAUCUAAAUCAAUAAAAAGGCAAAGUUUGGUGGAAAUCGAGUCAAUAUUUCAAAGAUUAUAGCCAUUCAAAAACUCUCUUAUUUCAAGUGUUAUU